GUCUUAGAGCUGAGCUUGUAGCCGGGCGCCAUCUUUGACGCUGGCAGUCUCGGAUUUCUGCUGGUGUUGCUGCUGUGAGGACGGCGGAGGCUAACGGCUAAGAAAGAAGAAAGACGUGGUGCAAGCGGGAGUCGGGGAGAGUGUCCUCGGUUCGGUAAAGUUUCUGUUCUCUGAUUUGGGGAUAUUCCCUGCCCAAAAAUUUCCUGGAAAAUUGACUAGUAUUAAGUGUGAGUAAAAGGUGUCCACUUUUUUUAAGUUUUGAUUUUAGUUUUGUCUUGGAUAGUAUUUGGCAAGAUUUAGCCUAGAAGUAAUGUAGUAUCUAUUACAUGAGCAUCAAAAUUGCUUUGUUACUGGGCUGGUUUCAAAAUUUAGAAUUCAUUUCUAUGUAUCAAAUCAGUUUUUUUUUUUUUUUAAUGGUAAAUGUACCAUUGUGGAAUGAAAUUUCAACUUCAAAAGUUUACCCUUUUACUAACUGGAGUAAAUGGAUAAUUAAUUACAAUGUCUUUAGUUGUAGCCAUCAUUAGUAAAGAAUUUGAAACUAGGCUGCGUAAGCAAGCCUUUGCAGGGCCAAUAUUGAAUUUCAUGCCAGUUGACACUGGUGUUACUGUAACAGAAAAAAAAAUCUUCCCUUAAUAGAAGCUUUCUGUGUUUUGACAGUGCCAGUUCAGUAUGGCUAUAAUGCUGCUCUGCCUUCUACAGCUUGCUGCACCACUCUGUAGUUACUCUGUAACUAUACGUUUCUAUCUUUUUUGGUUAAACACUCCCUGAAGAUAAAAAAGAUGAUAAUGGUAUACAUGCAUCCAUAUUUAUACACAUUGAUAUAUGUCUAAGGAUUUCCCUUCAUCUUUAUUUUGUGGGCUGGGCAAAAUUUUGUGUAACAUUAAUAUGCUUUGUAAUACUUUGGUAAAAGAGUAAGUUCACCACUUUUAUAAUGAACCCAAAUCUAAAGUCUUUUGUAGUGUAUUUUAAAAGGGAAAACUUAACCAAAUGUUUUAUUUCUACACAUUUGUGUGUGUGUGUGUGUAUGUAUGUGUGUAUAAGCCAGUUAGUAUAUAUGUAUGUCAUGUACAUAAAACACUUUAUAUUUUUACAUACAAGUAUGCUUUUAUUUAUACAGAUAAUAAAGAUGGGGGAAGAUUUCUGUUUUUUUCUUAAUAGGUGAAGAAAUCUUGAAGACCAGAACUUGGAUCUUAUUGAAUUUUGGUGUGUGUUUUUUUUUUUUUUUUUUUUAAUUUUUUUCUCUCUUUUUUUUCUUUUUAAAUUAUAUUGUUCGGCUAUGGAAGAUGGAUUUUUUUAAAAAAUAAUCUUUUGACUCUAAAGUUCAUACUUAAAUGAACUUUUUUGUUUGUUUUUUUUGUUUUUGUUUUUGUUUUUGAGGAGAUAACUAUCCCUAGCUGUCUCCAGUCUGUGACAAAGGUUAUUCAAAUGGACUUAAUCUCCCAGUAGUUGGGAGAUGUUUUAAAAACACAUCCUGUGUUUGAAUUGUGGCUGAGAGGUUUCCUUGGCAAUGUGAGGAGGAAAAUUCUUUCUGCCUCAUUAUUAUUAAUUCAUGGAUUGAGUGUUGGUUCGACCUACAGGCGUGAUAGAUUGGAACUCAGUGAAGACACAGAUGUUCCUGUGAGAGCAACCAUCUAAUGAUUACAUUUUAAAGGCGAUUUCUGUUAUUGAGUUGUCAUUUGGAAGAUUAAAUCCAUUUCAAGAGGACUUGAAGCUGGUCCUCACCUUGAGGAAGCAGUGGCUUAUUUUCAAGAAGCCACUUCUGAUUUCAGGAUCUAUCCAGCAUGCCUAAUCAAGGAGAAGACUGCUAUUUUUUUUUCUAUUCUACAUGUACCAAAGGUGACAGCUGUCCGUUCCGUCACUGUGAAGCUGCACUAGGAAAUGAAACUGUUUGCACAUUAUGGCAAGAAGGGCGCUGUUUUCGACAAGUAUGCAGGUUCAGGCACAUGGAGAUUGAUAAAAAACGCAGUGAGAUUCCUUGUUACUGGGAAAAUCAACCAAUGGGAUGUCAAAAACUAAACUGCGCUUUCCAUCACAACAGAGGACGUUAUGUUGAUGGCCUUUUUCUACCUCCAAGCAAAACUGUGUUGCCCACUGUGCCUGAGUCACUGGAAGAGGAAGUGAAGGCUUGCCAGCUCACAGUUCAACAGAACAAAUUGUCUGUCCAGUCUAAUCCCUCUCCUCAGAUGCGAAGUGUAAUGAAAGUAGAAAGUUCAGAAAAUGUUCCUAGCCCCACACAUCCACCAGUUGUAAUCAAUGCUGCAGAUGAUGAUGAGGAUGAUGAUGAUCAGUUCUCUGAGGAAGGUGAUGAAACCAAAACACCUACCCUGCAACCAACUGCCGAAGUUCAUAAUGGAUUACGAGUGGCAUCUGCCCGGAAACCUGGGGUCAAUUUAAAACAAGGUGAAUGUUUGAAUUUUGGAAUAAAAACUCUUGAGGAAAUUAAGUCAAAGAAAAUGAAGGAAAAAUCCAAGAAGCAAGGUGAAGGUUCUUCAGGAGCUUCCAGUCUUCUACUCCAACCUCAGACCAUUCCAGGUCCUGAAAAAGAGAAUGUCCGGACCGUGGUGAGGACAGUAACUCUGUCCAACAAACAAGGAGAAGAACCCUUGGUAAGAUUGAGUCUCACCGAGAGACUAGGGAAAAGAAAAAUUUCAGUAGGUGGUGACAGUGAUCCUCCAUUAAAGCGUAGCCUUGCACAGAGGCUAGGGAAAAAAGUCGAUGCUUCAGAAACUGACAAAACACCAAAGAAAGCUCAAGUUUCUAAGUCUCUAAAGGAACGAUUAGGUGUGUCAGCUGGUGUGAACAGUGAGGAGGCAGCAGAGAGAGUUACUAAAGUUGGUGAGAUCCAUGUGAAAACAUUAGAAGAAAUUCUCCUUGAAAGAGCCAGUCAAAAACGUGGAGAAUUGCAGACUAAACUCAAGACAGAAGGACCUUCAAAAGUUGAUGAUUCUACUUCAGGAGCAAGAAGCUCUUCUACUAUCCGCAUCAAAACCUUCUCUGAGGUUCUGGCUGAAAAGAAACAUCGGCAGCAGGAAGCAGAGAGACAAAAAAGCAAAAAGGAUCUAACCUGCAUCAAGUUAAAGACUGAUAAUGAAAUUAAAAAAACAGUGGUUUUGCCACAGAUAGUUGCCAACAAAGGACAAUCAGAGGAGCCUGCAGGUAGAACCAAGUCUGUGCAGGAGGUACACAUCAAGACGCUGGAGGAAAUUAAACUAGAGAAGGCACUGAGGGUGCAGCAGAGCUCCGAGAGCAGCACCAGCUCCCAGUCUCAGCCUGAGGCCACCCCAGGGGCUAGGCGGCUUCUCCGAAUCACCAAAAAAUCAGUUGCAAAAGAAGAAAAGAAACUUCAAGAAGAAAGCGACAUUGCAUUUCAGAGCAGUGUUACUAGAACAGAGGCUAAAGAGGCUUCAACUGAGACAACAGGAGUUGGCAUCACUAAAAUUCAAGUCAGGAAAUGUGAGACCAUGAGAGAAAAGCACAUACAGAAACAGCCCGAGAAGGAAAACUCACAGAAGGAAAAAUCUGUUUUGACAUCUGUUUGCAGAGAUGUAGACUCUUCUUGUAACACCCAGAUAGCAGAGAAGCCAGUGCUCACUACGGUGCCAGGCAUCACACGCUGCCUAACAAAGCGGCUUCCCACAAAGUCAUCCCAGAAGGCAGAGGUAGAAACCUCAGGGAUUGGCGACUCAGUAUUAAAUGUGAAAUGUGCAGCACAGACCUUGGAGAAAAGGGGUAAAGCUAAACCCAAAGUGAAUGUGAAGCCAUCUGUGGUUAAAGUUGUCUCUUCCCCCAAAUUGGCCCCCAAACGCAAGGCAGUGGAGAUGCACUCUGCUGUCAUCGCAGCUGUGAAGCCACUCAGCUCCAGCAGUGACCUGCAGGAAAGCCCAGCCAAGAAAGCAGCUAUGGCUGUUGUCCCACUCCUCUCUGAGGACAAAUCAGUCACUAUUCCUGAGACAGAGAAACCUAGAGACAGUCUUGUCCUGCCUCCAGUCCAGUCCUCUUCAGAUCCCUCUCCACCAGAAGUAUCUGGCCCUUCCUCAUCCCAAAUGGCCACGAAAACUCGCCGACUCAGCUCUGCCUCAACAGGAAAGCCCCCACUCUCUAUGGAGGAUGAUUUUGAGAAAUUAAUAUGGGAGAUUUCAGGAGGCAAAUUAGAAGCUGAGAUCGACCUGGACCCUGGGAAGGAUGAAGAUGAUCUUUUGCUUGAGCUAUCAGAAAUGAUUGAUAGCUGAAGGUGGUAAUAGAACAUUUAAAACAAACAAAAAAAGAAAAACUCACCAAAAAAUUGGACUUAGUUUCAUCUAUUAUACAUUUACCCAAGAUGAUCAUUUCUUUAGUGUAGAAUUUGCCCCAAACCAGAAGUAUACCUCUGAAUUACCUGUAUGUGUCCUAGAUUCCUUGGAGUCGGAAUUUUAAAGUCCCUUGAUAAUCAUUCUGUCCAUUUGAUGCCAUUGUUUAGCAUCUUCAAGAAAAAAUUCUGUCUUAUCUCUCUAUCUCUCUCUACAAAAAAACUGAGAGGGAGAUCCAAGUGAAAGGGUACCAGAGAACUUUGUGACUCCUUGAGGUGUUUGUCAGUUUAGGCUUUCUCCCCCUUUGUUGUAUUACUUCAUUUAUGUAUUGUCUUAAUGUACUUAAUGUUACCUGAGUUUGGAAAGGAUGAAGACAGCUGCUACCAUAAGGACCAAAUUUCACACUACCACUAAACAACAAAAAAUUCACUCAGUUUAUUAAAUCAUACAUCUUUUUAGAAGUAUUUGGAGAUUCAUCUAAGCUUUAGAGCUGAGCAGCUCUUUUUGGACCUGAUUUUUGUGUUUCUUCUGCUGUGUAAGCCUCUGAAGAUCAAUAGCUAAUUUAUUAUUACUGUAAUUUUUUAAGGCUUUAAAGUGCCUCAGGGGUCCUCUGAAACUAAUUUUCUAUUUCUGGGAUUCCCUGGAUUUUUAAUAAGAGAUGGUGACAUAAUGAUUAAAUGAAUUCUUUUUUUUUAGUAUGAAAUUUGUUCCUUCUCUAGUACUUGCCUCCUACUAGCAUUGAAUUAUCACAGGAAUAAAAAUUGGUUAAUUUUAUAUUUCUAACUCUUCAGCAAAUUCCUCUUACCCAGUAUUUAUUUGGUGUCCUUUAAUCAUCUGAGGGGAAAAAAACUCGUUCAAUCUGCCAAUAUUUAUGUAUGGAUUGUAGCAGUACAACGAAUUGUACUAUAGAAUGGAUUUUUUGAGAUGUUCUGGGGGUGUAUUGUAUACCAUCCAGUUUUCUUCAUUUCUGAAUUGAGUUUUCUUUUUUCUGAUGUUGGUCUCCUGCAUAUCACCUCAAGGUUUAGGCUAUGAAGGAACAAGUAUGAUGGGGCUAAUAGUCUUAAAAGGAGACAUUAUACAUAAUUGGAAGGAAGAGGAAAGAAGGAUUUGUCCAUUUUGAUAUUUUGCUCUAGGUGGCCAGUUUUGUUUCUCAUAGGGAAAUCUGGCCCACCUGUCAUGUUGGCUCCUAAGGAACUGCUGUUGUAAGCGGCUCAUCAAGAGUUGAACUUCAUGUAGUCUUGUUGGGAAUAUGGAAAAGGAAGAAAGCCACAGGACUGCCCAUUCAGUCUUGGGAAGAUUUGGAUGAUUCUGCACAAGCAAAAAUGACUUGAAAUUUACGUGUAGACACACCUCUCUACCAGUCCAUCUUCAGCUGACUGAGUGUUGUAUAGUAACCCUUCUCCAGAGCAGGGGUGGAAUGUUUGGUCUCACCACAGGUUUUGUACUUGUUUCAUUUCUGGAAUCAGCUCAUCAAUUCCAGGUCCUUUUUGUAUAUAACCUCUUUAUUCUUUUGCUUUUUAAAAAAUAAUUUUGUUUCAUAUUUAAAGUUCUUGUAUUAGUCAAUGAUUCAUGUUCAGCAUUAUUUGAACCAUUUGCUAUUCAUUACACAAAGAAAUACUUGUGUUUUAAAUAAAACUGGUAUAGGAGAGCCUUGACGUGAGUUAAGUGGUGGUAAAUCACUUCAGCCUAGGAUCUGCCUCAAUAGAGGCCUCAUUCAGAAUGUUGUUGGCCUUUUGUGUUAAGUGCUUCAAUUUUACAGGUAUUAUUUGGUUUAGAAACCUUAUACCAGGACAUAUUGCCAAAUUUAUUCACAAAUAUGCUCAGUUUUAGCCACAUACGCUUUAGGUAAGAGUGAAGAUUAAAUGUGAGGAUUCUUUUCUGGCACUGAUACUUAGCCAUUAUCACUAUAACUCAGUACCAUUAAAUUUUUUAAAGGAGAGUGAGUUUCAUGUGAUCAUAGAUAGAUUCAACAAUGUAGAAUUUUCAAGCAUGAAGGCAUAUAAGUUUUAAUUCAGGAAAGUCCAGUUUUUUCAUUAGCGUGGCCCAUAUUUUGUUAGGGGAUUACGUAUAAGUGUGUUAGCCACCAAGAACACAUUUUUCCCCCAAACAGUAGUCCCAAUAAGUUGAACCAACUUUUCAAAAAAGCAAAACAGAUUGUUUGUUCAGUUUUGAGUGAUGAUGGUUUUCCAUUUUAAAAGUAAGAAGGGGGCACAAAUACUACAGAAUUUGGCCAUAGCCCAAAAUUUCAAAGUAGUUUGCAAUCCGUAUAUUUGUCUCAUGAUAAACGAUUUCUAAAAUUGUGAUCUUAACCUCAAAUUCCAGUGGGUCUUCUCUCAUAUGGUCAGAACAGUUUAUUUUUGUCUUGACCAAUCUUUGAAAUCAGAUAAAAAUCAAUGUUUAAUAAUUAUAGUUGCAGAAAUAAAGCUUAUUCUAUGUUG